AUGUGCGCAAGGAAAGGCGCAUGCGGUAUAGUUAAGGGGCCGACCUCCAUCAAGGGAUGGGUGAGGAAGUGGUUCUACGCUUCUGGGGAAUGGCUUGCAAAGGACGAGUCAGUUGCAAUCCGACCAGUCCCCGAGCUUACGCAAGCCUCCUUCGACACACUGAAAUACUACAAGGAGCAUUUUCCGAGGGGUAGGAAGGUCGGAACCUUGGUGACCGACAAGCUGCUGCUUGAGUCCGGGCUGCUAGAUUACAACCCUGCAGUUCGUCCCAUUGAGUCCUCAAGGCCGAACUCCGAAUUAGCCAUGGUUUGCGGGUUUGCGAGUAACGUGAAACGCAAGUCCAAGGGCCAAGCCCAUGCUCUUGAGGCUGCCCAAAGUUCGAAACCUGUCACUCCUGCUGUGGUAGGGCCAGCCUCGGAAGAUCCAGCCCCAGUGAUCGAGCUGGAGUCUUCUAGGGGUCCUUCGAGGGAGAAGCGCCCCAGGGAUCAGACCGAGGCGGUGGACGUCUCGCCCUUGGGCGAGGAGGUGAGGGAGGAAGUCCCUCUGAAGCGAAGGAGGAAGAAGAAGAAGACCACCUCCCCCUUGGAGGUCGGAGCUCGUGGGGUCUUGCCUGCGAGCUUCGCAGAUCGGGUGGACGAUCCUGAGGCUAGGAUGGGCGGGACGCCCGAUGUGACAACACGGUUCAGAGUUGAGCCGUCAAGUUCUGGGGUGAGGGACCAGCCAAUGUCACCUCGCACCUCUUACCUUUGA